CCACAGGUGAAAUGGGCAUUCAGUUCAGUCUCAUUCCUGCCGGCAAAGUGAACACACUUAAAAUUCCCUUUGCGUGGUGAAAAAGGAAUCCAUUUUCUUUAGUGUGAUUCAGCAAAAAUUAACAACUUGGUCUGUGGGAGAAACUUUUAUUUGGUGUAGGACGUGUCAAGUUAUAUAAUAAGCAGCAGUCGUUUAGGAUUCGUUUCCAUUCGCGAUCGUGUGCUAAAUUGUGCGAGUGUGUUCGUCUUGGCGUCGUUUAGCAACUCUUUUGGCCACGGGUCGGAAAAGGAUCCCACUCGCGACGCCUGUGACGUCAUCAUGCUUCUCAGACUGCUCCUGGCAGUUGCUUUCUUCACUUGUACAUUGGCACAAAAUGACGGGACGUAUACGAUUGUGGCCCCCAAAGUUCUGCGACCGAGUUUGGACUAUCACGUGUCCAUCAGUUUACACGGUGGGGCUCCAUUGACCAAUCUGGUGGUAGCCAUUGAAGGACAACAGGACGGCGGAGGGCAAGUCCGCAACGCCCAAAGUGCCACUGUUGAACCCAAUUCCACUCAAGUCAUCAAGUUCCAGAUUGGCGAAUUGGGACCCGGUAAAUAUAAUUUGACAGCCCGUGGAUCUGGUGGAUUGACGUUUGUCAACACAACGGAACUGGAAUACUCUGAAAAGAGUCACUCGGUUUUCAUCCAGACGGAUAAGGCCAUUUACAAACCGGGACAUUUGGUACAAUUCCGCGUCAUUGUCGUCAAUCCUCAACUCAAACCAUCUGUCGUCGGUUCUUUGGAUGUUUACAUGACGGACGGCAAGGGAAACAGAAUCAAGCAAUGGAAUCGAGUCUUCACCAAACAAGGUGUGUUUGCAUCAGAGCUGCAAUUGUCGGAUCAACCCGUUUUGGGUGACUGGAACAUCACGGCCGUCGUGUCUGGUCAGAGUUUCUCCAAACAUUUCCAAGUUGCCGAAUACAUUCUGCCGAAAUUCCAAGUCACCAUCGACCUGCCGACGUAUCUGACUUUUAACGAAUCCAAAAUGGUGGCCACCGUCAAAGCCAAAUACACGUACGGCAAACCCGUCAAAGGAAACGUCACCAUCGCCGCUUACCCGCAGUACAGAGUCUCGUACAUUCAGCCGUUUUUCACGGAACCCGUUCGUAAAACGGUUCAAAUUGACGGCACAGUCGACGUUGAUUUCAAUUUGUUUAAAGAACUCAAACUUGUGGAUGAUUUUGAGCGAGACAUCCGGUUCGACGUGACCGUUAUUGAAGGUUUGACUGAACGUAAACAAAACAUGAGCUCAUUGUUGACUCUGUACAAGUACAAGUAUAAAAUGGAGUUGAUUAAGACGUCAGACAGUUUCAAGCCCGGUCUCAAGUACACGGCCUUUUUGAAGCUGGCCUAUCAAGACAACACGCCCAUUCAAGAUGCUAACGGUGUCGUUAUAGUCAAGCACGGAUUUUCGCACAAUCAAGACGAAUACAAUCGCACCGAAUAUCCCGUGCCACGUAACGGAAUUCUAGAACUCAACUUUUACCCGCCAGUCGAUGAGAACGUCUACACUUUGGGCAUCGAGACUCAGUACCAGGAUUUAGUCGAAUGGUUUUCCACCAUCAAUCGAGCCCAAUCGCCCAGCAAUUCAUUCAUCCAAGUGAUUUUGAAAACCGAAAAUCCUAAAGUCAAUGAAGAAAUUGCCAUCGAAGUCAACUCGACGGCCCCGCUGGAUUCUUACAUUUACGAGGUGAUGGGUCGUGGGAAUUUGGUGGUGGCCCGCACCGUUCAGGCCGGAAACCAAAGGUCACACACUUUCCGGUUCCAAGCCACGGCCGCCAUGGCUCCUGUGGCUCGUGUUGUCGUCUAUUACGUCCGAGCCGAUGGAGAAGUUGUGGCCGACGCCCUCAAUUUCGAUGUCGAUGGAACUUUCCAGAAUUUCGUGGACAUUCAAGUGACGCCGGAUUCAGUCGAGCCCGGCAAAGCUGUCGAUAUUGUGGUGAAAGCUAAACCCAAUUCCUACGUUGGCGUCCUCGGCGUCGAUCAGAGCGUCUUGCUCUUGAAAACCGGAAACGACAUUUCUCGCCAAGACGUUUUGGAUGAAGUGAAAUCUUAUGAUUCUACCCGUCGCCCAGAUUUCGAAUCUUGGCUACCAGAAGUUGGAGGACGUUCGUUUUGGUGGCCUUCAUCCGCAACAGCCGGCGAAGUUUUCAGCAAUUCCGGCACUGUGGUUUUGACUAAUGGAUACAUCCAGGAGAGCAUGCCGUUCGGGAACGAACAAACGACGUUGCGACCGAAAGCGGUGAAUCGACCGACCAAUCGGCCCAUUCCGGCUCGCGGUUCCGCCACGGUGGCCGUCGACAAGGGACCGGCAUUUACUUUGCCUAUCCAGAUCCGUCCUCCGCUAGAGGGACCGUACGCAUUUUCUCGUAUUCCAACUCCAGCGGAUGACAAUCCUAAAAUCUAUUUACUACGCGAUCCUCCCCCGACUUGGAUUUUUUCAUCCGUCGACACCGGGACUGACGGCACUGCCCGUUUCGUUAAAGAAGCCCCGGAUACCAUCACAUCCUGGGUGAUUACCGCCUUUUCUUUGGAUACAUUCCACGGACUGGGCGUCAUUGAACAACCUGCCAAGAUGCAAGUCUUCCGGCCAUUCUUCAUCCAACUGAAUUUGCCUUAUUCGGUUAUUCGCGGUGAAGUCGUCGCCAUCCAGGCUGUCGUCUUCAAUUACAUGAACAAGGAAAUUACAGCUGAAUUGACUUUUGAGAAUAUCGGGGAUUUCCAGUUUAUCGACAAUGGAUUGGAAGAUAACGAAAUUUCUAGCGAGGCGAUAUUCCGCAAGAAAUCGGUGCGAAUUCCAGCUCAAGACGGUACGCCCGUCUCUUUCCUCAUCCGUCCCACCACAUUGGGGAACAUUGAUCUCCGUUUGACGGCCAAAGCGGCCACGGCCGGUGACGCCAUCGUCAAGAAACUCCUCGUCAAAGCCGAAGGAGAAACCAUUUACCGCAACAAAGCCUAUCUCCUGGACCUGCGCUCCAUUCGAAACUACAACAAAAACGUUUCCGUCACCAUCCCUUUCAACGCCGUGCCCGGAUCGGCCGCCGUUGAGCUUUCGGCCAUCGUCGACAUUAUGGGUCCCAGCAUCAACAAUCUCAACACGUUGCUGCGGAUGCCGUUCGGAUGCGGAGAGCAGAACAUGUUGCUCUUUGUGCCCAACAUUGUCGUCACGGAAUAUCUGAAGAAUAUCGGCCAGUUGACGGACGCCAUCAGUUCCAAAGCCUUGGGUUUCAUGGAGACGGGCUAUCAGAAAGAGUUGACUUACAAACGGGACGAUGGAUCCUUCAGCGCUUUUGGUAAAAGUGAUGCCGCUGGUAGUACCUGGUUGACGGCUUUUGUGGCCCGAUCCUUCCGCCAAGCUCAGCCUUACAUCACCAUCGAGGAUCACGUCAUCGAAGACUCUCUCAAGUGGCUGUCGGCCAAUCAAGCGCCCAAUGGAUCAUUCCCCGAGGUGGGCAAAGUCUCUCACACGGACAUGCAGGGUGGAUCCGGCAAAGGUGUCCCUCUGACGGCCUACGUCCUUUUGGCAUUCCUGGAGAACAAGGCUGGACUCAGGUACGGACCCAGUAUGCAGAAAGCGGCCGAGUUUCUCGUCAAGGAACUGCCUUCCAUCACGGAUCCUUACGCCCUGUCCUUGGUGACCUACGCCCUUCAUUUGGCCGAAGUUGAAGAGAGGGAUGCGGCCUUUGAUAUGCUUCAGGCUAAAGCCAACACGACGGAAGAAGAGUUUCGUUUCUGGUCGAAACCCAAAUCGGAAAAGGACAAAUCCAAUCCUUGGUCCAGCUUGACGACGUCUGUCGACGUGGAAAUGACGGCCUACGCCUUGUUGACUUUCCUCCAACGUGGACUGGUGAUUGAGGCCCUGCCCAUCAUGAAAUGGAUGGUAGCCAACAGGAACUCGAACGGCGGUUUCUCUUCCACUCAGGACACGGUAAUUGGUUUGUACGCCCUGGCCAAAUUAGCCGAGAAGAUUACAGUGCCCAACACCAACAUUAACGUCAAAAUCAAACACGACACUGGUGCCGAGACAUUUUCUCUCAGUCGUGAAAACGCCAUGGUUCUCCAAAAGUUCAAGCUUCCUCCCAAGACCACCCAUGUGGAAAUUUCAGCCGUUGGAAGUGGAUUCUCCAUUAUCCAAGUGUCAACUUCUUACAAUUUGAAUGUCACUGGAGAGUGGCCGCUAUUCACGCUGGAUCCUCAACUCUUUAAGAACGCCAAUCAGAACCGCAUGCAGUUGACUAUCUGCUCCAGUUUCGUCGGUGAGGAGAGCAACAUGGCCGUUAUGGAAAUUAGUUUGCCAUCGGGUUACGUCAUGGAUGAGGAUUCCCUACCGAGUCUCAGAGCCAUCAAAGAUGUCAAGAAAGUUGAAACGAAAGAAGGUGGCACUGGAAUUUCCCUGUAUUUCGACAAGAUGACGAGGAAUACGGUUUGCCCAACUGUUCAAGCGUAUCGCGUUUUCAAAGUGGCCGAGCAACGUAAAGUGCCCGUCGUCAUGUACGAUUACUACGACAGCUCUCGACGUGCUCGAGUGUUUUACGAACCUGUUCCAGCCAACGUGUGCGACAUUUGUCAGUCAAACGACUGCAAAAAUCAAUGCUCUUCUUAUCCGGGUUGGAGUGGAGACGAAGAAGGAACCAAAGGAUGGGGAACGCUGGACGGACGUAGCAAUAGCCGCCCCACCAGUGGCCAGCAGUCAUUGCUCCCGACGUUACUCUGUUUUGUUUUGUCGGGUCUCACAAGUGCUUUACUCUUAAUUUAACAACAACAUAACAAAAAUUAUUAUCUAACUUGUCUCUCAUUUAUCCUAAAAAUUUUUCAUUGAUUGUUUGUUUUCUCUCUCUUUUUUUUAAAAAAUAAUUUGAUCCCUCAUUUUUCCAUGUGCUGAUUGAUCCGGCCCCGUCAAGGCUGUAUACUGUUGAUUGUCGAUCCAGUUUUAAAGCAAAACAACAAAUUUUAAAAUAGGUGUGUGUGGUUUAUUUCGCGUUUGCAUCUUUUUGCGUCCAGGAAAAUGUAAAAUUGAUAAUACACGUGAUCUGAGUUGAUCGCUUGAUAACAUA